GAAACCUACACCUUCCCUCCGAUACGGGCAAGGCUGGAUGUAGCUUGCCCUAAGCUUCGCUUGGCACAUGCAACCUUGCCGUUUUCACAGCAUCAAUAAUGGUUGCUGGGAUCCGAGUAUCCAGAGGCUAGCAGUGCAUGUGCUAGCCUCCCUCUUGCAGUACAUAUGGGCUCACCCGCCCUCCUCUGACCGUCUCUUGAGCCUCACAUCGCACAGUAAUUUGGAUCGAUCCAACCUCUGGUUAUUUCCUCCAACCUCUUACCGGUCGCAACUCGCUCGCUACGGUUGUGCUGUAACUUUCGCUAUAUAUACCGACUGCCUGUCAACCAUACUGUCGCUGUCCCGUUCGUCGUCUACUGAACAAACAUGAGGAACUCUCUUUCCAUCAUCGCCCUUGCGGGCUACGUUGCUGCCGCUCCCGGUGGAUACCAGGACGGUGGUUACGGCCACGAAGGAUACGGAACUGGAUCCUAUGCUGUUCCCUCAUCGUCUGCCUACGUCCCUCCUCCCUACAGCGCCUCGAAGCCUGAGCACUCCACCCCGGUCUACUCUACUCCGGCUGCUUCGUCGACUCCGGAGUACUCUACCCCUCCUCCGGCCUCCUACCCCGUGUACACACCUCCUGUACACUCUACGGGUUAUGUGCCGCCUCCCCCGUCGUACAGCGCUCCUCCCUCGUCCUCCUACUAUGUUCCUCCCCCGCCUCCUCCCUCGUACAGCGCUCCCCCUCCUUCGUACAGCGCUCCCCCUCCUUCGUACAGCGCUCCCCCUCCUUCGUACAGUGCUCCCCCUCCUUCGCACAGCGCCCCCCCUCCUUCGUACAGCGCUCCUGCGCCCUCGUACAGCGCUCCUCCCCCAUCCUCCUACUACGUUCCUCCCCCGCCUCCUCCAUCUUCGUACAAGGUCUCAACCCCCCCUCCCUACACUCCCGCUCCCCCGUCGACCCACUACCCUACGGCACCUCCGGCACCGUCGUCGUACAGCGUGGUUCCCCCGCCGUACCCUUCGCACAAUGCCUCGGUCCCGUACAUCACCACUACUUACACGACUACUAAGACUGUCACUGUCCCGUGCACCACUGUCAUCACCCCGUCUGCUCCGGGCUACAGCACUAUCGUGGUUACUCCCUCCGUUCCGGGAUACACCACUGUCGUCACGCACUCUGUUCCUGGAUACGAGACCCCGAGUGCUCCUCCGCCACCCCCGGUCUACACCACCGUCAUUCCUCCUCCGUACGUUCCUGGAUACACGACCGUGACCUACUCGACCACUGUGAUCACCUCGACUGUCACAACUUCUUACCCUGCACCGACUGUCGUUCCCAGUGGCUACACUCCCGCUCCUCCCGCUCCUCCUGCUGGUACUGCGCCCGGCUACAGCGUCACGCCUGUUCCCCAGCCAUCCACCACCGCCCCUGCGGAAUUCCCUGGAGCCGCUUCGGCCCAGAAGCCCGCCAUGGCUCUCCUUGCAGGUGCUUUGGCCUUCCUUGCCCUCGCAUAAGCAAAUUGCUCAUUUCUUGGAUGUAUUUGUUACAUUUUCUAAACGCUCCUUGCGCGUUUGCCAAAACGCAUGCUUCACGACUCUUUUACGAAUUUUAUGGUAUUAGUUUGGGAUAACUGGAUACAUAUGCACUCCUUAGAUAGAUUGAGUAUGCACACGCUCCUUGAAAACAGGGUUGGAAUUGAUUUGGUGUGGUGAAUACUUUGGCGGAAUAGGAUUUUAAUAUUGAGUGUGGUAGGAUCUGCAACUGAAGACUAGUGCAGCGUAAUCAAAGAUGUUCGACCGA